AUGGGGAAGUUCCAUGCCCGGUUGUAUAAAACCGAUCGUGCGCGGGACUUUGACCACGAACAGGACCGAUAUGUGCGUAUGCGACAGAUCUACGAGACCAUCGACCGGCAGUCAUACCAAUGGAUCGUGGUACUCGUCGCCGGACUCGGCUUCUUUCUGGACGGAUACACUCUCUUUGCCAGUAACAUGGCCCUCCCGAUGCUCUCCUACGUCUACUGGAAGAACGAGCUCUCCUCGCUACGGCUCGCCUGUAUCAACAUCUCGACACUAGCCGGCACCCUGUUAGGAAUGGUCGCAUUUGGAUUUAUGGCAGACAAAUACGGGCGCAAGAGAAUGUACGGAGUCGAGCUGGUGCUGCUGAUCACAGCAACGCUGGGCGUGGUGAUGUCCGCGAACGGGGUGCACGAUAGCAUGAACAUCUAUGCGUGGCUGAUCUGGUGGCGGAUUCUCGUGGGAGUUGGCGUUGGGGCGGACUAUCCUCUCAGCGCAGUCAUCACAUCAGAGUUCGCUCCGACUAAACACCGGGCCCGCAUGAUGGCCAGCGUCUUCUUCAUGCAACCGCUGGGCCAGAUCGCCGGCAACCUCGUCUCACUGGUUGUCAUAGCUGUUGCCCGCAACAACAGUGGCAGCGAGGAUGAUAUAACACGCAGCGUCGAUAGCAUGUGGCGGUGGGUGCUCGGCAUUGGCGUCGUGCCCGGCGCUAUUGCGACUCUGUUCCGGUUCGCCAUCCCCGAAAGUCCACGCUAUCUCCUGGAUAUCGAAGACGACCCCGUCACUGCCGAGUUCGAUGCCACGACACUGUUCAGCGAGCCUCCAUUGAGCCCCGGUUUUGACUCGGCCAGUUUUGCAACAGGCACCGCCAGUACAAUCCAGCUCCCGCCGAUUUCUUCGAUUGCCAGCAACUCCAUCCACGAAGAAGAGUAUAGUACAGUGCCACCAGCAACCCUGAACUCGCACUGGCGGCUCGCGCGCACCGACAUCGUGCGAUAUUUCUGGACCGAAGGCAACUGGCGCAGCCUGGCAGGCACAUCAAUCGCCUGGCUGCUUCUCGACUUUGGCUUCUAUGGGAUUGGGCUCUCGAGUCCACAGUUUCUGGCCAAGACCUGGGGCUCGCUGCAUAUCACCAGCGCUGCACCGGUGUGGUUGACGGACGACCGGCCUGGAGUCAAUAUCUACGAUAUGUUCUUGAACACCUCGGUGCAUGGGCUGAUUGUUCUCAAUAUCGGCAGCUUUGUUGGUGGGUUGCUGUUGAUUCUGCUUGCGCAUCGCAUCGACCGUGUCGCGCUGCAGAAAUACAUGUUUCUUGCUCUCGCCGCCCUUUUUAUUGUCCUGGGGACCAUGUUCGUCAAGCUAUACUCGGAUCCGCCUGUCGUCGUGGCAUUGUAUAUCAUCGGCCAGGUCAUGUUCAACUUUGGCCCCAACGCCACAACAUACAUGAUCCCCGCCGAGAUCUUCCCCACCCGCUACCGCGGCACCUGCCACGGCCUCAGCGCCGGCGCCGGCAAACUAGGCUCGAUCCUUGUUCAGAUCUUCUCUACAUACUACCAUUUCGGUACCGCCCCGGGAGACACGUCGACCCGGCACCACGGCAUUAUUCUGCUGGUGUUCAGCGCCUGCAUGAUCAUCGGGGCGGCGGUGACGCAUUUCUGGAUCCCGCCGGUCCAGCACAAGAACGGCAGCAGCAAGCUGUGGGGUGGGAAGCUGGAGACGCUGGAGACGUUGUCGCUUGGCCGGAUGGGGCGCAAGAGUCGGGAUGCGGAUGUUCGGAAAAGGUCGAAUCGACAGCGGGCUAUGUCGGUGUGCGGAUAG